GGGAGCGAGAAGCGCAUUUGUUAGGGGACGGCGAAACAACGAAACCGCGGAACCACGCACAGGGACUGCCCCGCUGACACGCUGCUCGCCCCGCGCCCCGCCCGCCGCCCACUUCUGCGCCGUCCCACUGCGCUCCCGGAGUCUCCGAGAGGCCGGUGGAUCGCGUUCCCCUUCAUUGCUGCCCUUCAUCCACCCACCAUGGCCGCGCGCCUCCUAGGCGGGUCCCUGCGUUUCUGGCGCGGCCGAUGGGCGUCCCGCUUGCCGCCAGCCACGAGAUUUUCUCAUUCUGGAGGGGAAGAACGUCUAGAAACUCCUUCUGCUAAAAAAUUAACAGAUAUAGGAAUUAGACGAAUCUUUUCUUCAGAUCAUGACAUUUUCCGGCAAAGUGUAAGGAAGUUUUUUCAAGAAGAAGUGGUUCCUUAUCACACAGAAUGGGAGAAAGCUGGUGAAGUGAGUAGGGAGCUUUGGGACAAAGCUGGAAAACAAGGACUGCUUGGUAUCCACAUUGCAGAGCAUCACGGUGGUAGUGGUGGGGACUUAUAUUCAGCAGCUGUUGUCUGGGAGGAACAAGCAUAUUCAAACUGUACCGGCCCAGGUUUUAAUGUUCAUUCAAAUAUUGUUAUGCCCUAUAUUGCAAACUAUGGCUCAGAAGAACAGAUAAAGCACUUUAUCCCCCAGAUGACUGCAGGCAAAUGUAUUGGUGCUAUAGCAAUGACAGAACCUGGGGCUGGAAGUGAUUUGCAAGGAAUAAGAACAAAUGCCAAAAAGGAUGGAAGUGAUUGGAUUCUCAAUGGAAGCAAGGUGUUCAUCACUAAUGGGUGGAUGAGUGAUGUUGUGAUUGUGGUGGCGGUCACAAAUCAUGAAACUCACUCCCCUGCCCAAGGCAUUAGCCUUUUUCUGGUGGAAAAUGGAAUGAAAGGAUUUAUCAAGGGACAAAAGCUACAUAAAAUGGGAUUAAAAGCCCAGGAUACUGCGGAACUGUUCUUUGAAGAUGUACGGUUGCCAGCUAGUGCCCUACUUGGAGAAGAGAAUAAAGGUUUCUAUUACCUCAUGAAAGAGCUUCCACAGGAAAGGCUAUUGAUUGCUGAGCUGGCAAUUUCAGCCAGUGAAUUCAUGUUUGAGGAAACGAGGAACUAUGUUAAACAAAGAAAAGCUUUUGGGAAAACAGUUGCAGAUAUGCAGACAGUGCAGCAUAAGCUAGCAGAAUUAAAAACACACAUUUGUGUGACCAGGGCUUUUGUGGACAGCUGUCUCCAGCUGCAGGAAGCGAAACGUCUGGACUCUGCCACUGCUUCCAUGGCGAAAUAUUGGGCAUCUGAGUUACAAAACAGUGUAGCUUAUGACUGUGUACAGCUCCAUGGAGGUUGGGGAUACAUGUGGGAAUACCCGAUUGCAAAAGCUUAUGUGGAUGCCCGAGUUCAGCCAAUCUAUGGUGGUACCAAUGAAAUAAUGAAGGAGCUGAUUGCAAGAGAGAUUGUCCGUGACAAGUAGACGUCUGCCCACAUCCUGGAAUCCUAUUACUGCUAAUCUGCUUUUAAAUCUACUCUAGAAAAAAUGCAGCCUGGAACAGAAGAAAACACUAACCAUGUUUUUAUAUGCUCUCUCUAUAGAGAAAGAAAUCAAUGUAAAUAUAAUAGUAACAUAGUGGAAAGAGAAAUCUUUGAAUUCAAAGAUUCUAAAAUUCUUCAAUGUGAGGUUUAACUUUAAAUUUUUAUGUAGCUAAAAGUCAAAGAUUUUCUGGUACUAGAAGCCUUAAUGCUGAAUUCAUCCCUAAAAUUCCUAAAAUCCCUAAAAUUCUAAAUAUAAAUUAAAUAUAAAUUCUAAAAUAUAUAUAUAUAUAAUAUAUAUAUAUAUAUUCCUUGAACCUUUAAAAUAGAGGCAGAAUAAAUUUCUGUUGUGAUACUGUAAAAACAUUGAUAAUAUAGCACAUUUACUUUUAUAGGGAAAUAUAAUUUAGAAUGUUCAGCAAUUUUAGGUUUUUGCUCCGGAUUCCCCAGAACAGUGGUUCUACCAACACCCCCUGCUCAAUUUUGAGCACUGGAACCCUUUCUUCAAAGAAAAGCUUAUGCAGAAAGUCCCUGUUUAAGACUGAUGACUGCAGAGCUGCUCUGGUUGAAGCAGGAAGCCUUCUUAUCUUACUACCUUGGAACCCCAAGGACUUGGCUGAGCAUUUGCCUAACCUCAACCAGAGAGUUGCCUCUCUCAAAUUCUUACACCUGGGCUUUCAACGGAUUUCCAUUUCAGUUUAAUUUAUAGGAGAGCACAGAGUAAUCCAUCAGGCUGUAAUUUCAAGAUAUUGGUAUAUUUUAUAGAUACCAAAACAAUGGCUUUUAUUUUGGGACUGCAUACCUUAUUUAUUAUUUUAACAAAUGUUUUGUGUUUUCUGUAAGGCAGGAGGAGAUUAAAAGCACAACGGCAAACAAAACUGGCAAGAGAACCUUGUUAAUAAAAAAAGUGAAUAAGUGAGUGGUAAUAAACAAGAUAAUAAUUAAACAAGAUAAUUUCAAAUUGUAAUAAGUUUAAUAAAAGCAAUAAAAAUAGGAAAAUGAAGAAAUUACAGUUGAUUUGAGACUUAAGAAUAAUUAUUAUUGAAAAAUAAACCAUUAAUUUAAUUUGUAAAUGGCCAAUCUCAUUUCAGUACUUGCUUUUCUUUGCAUACACUGGUGAGACAGUGAAUAAAGUAACUUUUAAAUGGAGAUAGAUGGAUGUGUUCUUGUUCAACUCCAAGAACCUAAACAUUUUAUUUGCUAUUGUUGGUGUCAAGCAUUGUGUUUUAAUACAGCCAUUCAACUGGAUAGAGCAGAGGGGAGAGAAAAUAUUUUGAUACCAUUCUUUCCUAGAAUUAUACACUUUUGGUUUGCCCUUGAGCAGAUGUUUGCAUGAUUGCCAGCUUUUCCUGCUCAAUAUGCAUUGAAUGCCAUGCAAAAUGUGUUGAAAUCAAUAAUUAAUAGAUAUUAUUGUAUUUGUAUCUCUUCCCACACCCUAAUACCAGGUAAUGAUAAGACUAGAUAGAUCUAGCACUCCACAGCCCUUUUCCCUUCCAUUUCCAAUCUUAAAGGAAAGGAAACUAGAUUUUAAGAAUAAAACUUCUAUAAGAGAAAAAGGAAAUUAGCGUAAUAGGAAAAAGCCUAACCUGUAGAGGCAGACGACCUGAGUUUGAAUGUUGGCUCUACCAUUAAGGAGCCAUUGUACUUGGAAAAGGUAUUUAACUUCUCAGGAUUCUUUCAGAUGAAAAUAACCAAAAAAAAAAAAAAAAAAGAAAAACCAAUUCGUAUUAACCUAAGCAAAAAACUUGAGUGUA